CAAUCGAUGCUCCAAAUGCUUCGUAGCGUUUGAAGCGCCAAGUGGAUCUUAGAGUUAGUGCUAAUCUAUCUUACGUAUCCGCGCAUUUCAAACGAUUUGUGUGCAAAGAUAAUCAUGUUCAAAUCAAUACAGCGUGAGGUGUCGUGGGACCGCUAUCGCUUCAUUGUGACUACCCUCGCUCGUUCUUUUCACUAUAACAGUUGUGAAAUCAUAUCGACGAUUCCGAAUCAGAGGAACGUCUGUAUCCGAAAUUUUUCGUCGCAAUCACACAAAAUAGUGAAGGCGAGGAAAUAUGUGGUGGUAAAUCAUUUCGUUAAUGAAGCGAAACCGACGGAUCUAAAACUAGUGGAAGAAGAGUUGCCGCUGUUGCAGAAUGGAGAAUAUCUCACGGAAGCUGAAUAUUUUUCUGUGGACCCAUACAUGAAACCGUACGUGAAAAGAUAUCCGCUCGGAAUCACGAUGAUCGGAACUCAAAUUGCCAAGAUCGUAGAAUCUAAGAAUCCAGCCUUUCCAGUUGGCAAGAGGAUCGUCGGAAACAUGGGAUGGAGAACUCACACGAUUGUCAAUCCGAAAUUCAAAGAUUUGGUGUUCCAAGAACACCCGUAUCUUUUGCCAGACAUAGGUGACUUGCCGUCGUCCCUUUGCCUUGGCGUUUUAGGAAUGCACAGUAACACAGCAUAUUUCGGCUUGCUGGAGAUAUGCAAACCGAAGUCUGGCGAAACAAUCGUCAUCAGCGGAGCCGCAGGUGCGGUCGGCUCGCACGUAGGCCAGAUCGCCAAAAAUCUGGGCCUAAAUGUUAUCGGUAUAUGCGGUUCCGACGAGAAGUGCAAGUGGCUUACUGAGGAAAUGGGUUUCGAUUCCGCCAUCAAUUACAAGACCAUGCCAGUUGCGUCCAGUCUAAGCAAAGCUGCUUCAAACGGCGUGGAUUGCUAUUUUGAUAAUGUUGGUGGGGAUAUCUCUAGCGCAGUCAUGUAUCAGAUGAAGCCAUUUGGCCGAGUAGCCGUGUGCGGUAGCAUCUCGAGCUACAACGCGGACUCCUCGUCUUUGCCCAAGUGUACAAUCCUGCAACCUAUUUUAUCGAAAAAUCAAUUGAGAAUGGAGGGUUUCAUCGUUUUGCACUGGAUGGAUCGAUGGCAUGAAGGCAUUAUGCAGAAUCUGCAGUGGCUACGCGAGGGCAAACUUCGUUACCGUGAGACUGUGACUAAAGGCUUCGAGAAUAUGUUUGAUGCGUUUAUCGGCAUGCUGCGCGGCGAGAACAUUGGCAAAGCGAUCGUCCAGGUGUAGACAUCAUACAUCUAUGUUCGCGCCUCUCUUCGGCGCGAACCGAACCCACUUCUUAUAAUAUUAAGGGAAGAACCUGGUUUAGGACGUUGAAAAAUAGUUGUAUUUUGCGAAUUUUUUAUUAACAAACCAUGAAACCGACCUUUCCAAAAUUUUAGAGGUGAUUUGUUAUAUAU